AGUACCUAUAUAAAGGAAUGCACCACCGACGAGCCAUUAGAUACAAUUGGUAUUCAGCCCAGGAUGCUCUUCAGAUUGAUCAAGCAAGCGCCGUUGACGGAGAAGGUGGCCUCCCAGGAUGGUUUUAUCUAUCUGUACCGGGCUAUGAAGUUUAUUGGUUGGAUACCACCAAAGGAAGGUCUGUUACGCUAUGUGUAUUUCAGUUGGACACUGAUGGCUUUUGGAUGGUACACCGUCUACUUACCACUGGGUUUUCUGGGCAGCUAUAUAACGCAAAUUAAGUUGUUUACGCCGGGCGAGUUUCUAACGUCGUUGCAGGUGUGCAUCAGUGCCUACGGCUGCUCGACGAAAGUAAUCAUCAUCUACUCGCAGCUUUGGCGCCUGAUUAAGGCCAGGGAAUUACUGGACAAGUUGGAUGUACGUUGCUCCAGUCUCGAGGAACGCGAGAAGAUUCAUCGCAUUGUCGCGCGGUGUAAUCACGUAGUUCUCAUAUUCGCCAUUAUCUACUCCAGCUAUUCGGUCUCCAUCUAUCUCAGCUCCGUACUCAGUGGUCAUCCCCCCUAUCAGCUAUAUAAUCCAUUCUUGGACUGGCAUGAUGGCACACUCAAUUUGUGGAUUGUCUCCACGUUUGAGUUUAUGGUACUGAUGGGCGCUGCGGUGCAGAAUCUGUUGCCGGACACCUAUACGUUGGUAUAUGGACUCAUUCUGCGCACUCAUCUAGAACUACUCAACGGACGUAUUAGUAAGCUGCGCACCAACCCAGAAAUGACCGAGGACGAGAACUACGAGGAACUGGUGAAUUGCGUCUUGGAUCACAAGCUGAUAUUGGAAUACUGCGCUCUUAUUCGACCUGUCAUAUCGGGCACAAUUUUCAUACAGUUUCUGCUCAUUGGCUGUGAACUUGGACUAACCUAUAUCAAUUUGUUCUUCUUCUCUGAUCUUUGGACGGGCUUCUCCUCCGUCGUAUAUAUUGUCGCUAUUCUGCUGGAGACGUUCCCCUUCUGCUACAUCUGCAACCUGAUUAUCGAUGACUGCGAGGCCCUUGCACAUGCCAUCUUUCAGAGCAAUUGGAUAGGUUCCAGUCCCCGAUAUCAGUCCACUCUAUUUUACUUUCUACACAACGUGCAGCAGCCCAUCGUUUUCAUCGCCGGCGGUAUCUUGCCGAUAUCCAUGAGCAGCAACAUAAGCGUAGCCAAGUUUGCGUUUUCGGUUAUUACCAUCGUUCAGCAAAUUAAUCUUGCGGAUAAAUUAAAAACAACGCUGAUCCGACGUCUCAUCAGAAUCAUUGCCGAACUGUCAGCAGACGAUCCGCAAAGCUACCCAGGUGCCAGUACCUAUAUAAAGGAAUGCACCACCGACGAGCCAUUAGAUACAAUUGGUAUUCAGCCCAGGAUGCUCUUCAGAUUGAUCAAGCAAGCGCCGUUGACGGAGAAGGUGGCCUCCCAGGAUGGUUUUAUCUAUCUGUACCGAGCUAUGAAGUUUAUUGGUUGGAUACCACCAAAGGCAGUUCUGUUACGCUAUGUGUAUUUCAGUUGGACACUGAUGGCUUUUGGAUGGCACACCGCCUACGUACCACUGGGUUUGCUGGGCAGCUAUAUAACGCAAAUUAAGUUGUUUUCGCCGGGCGAGUUUCUAACGUCGUUGCAGGUGUGCCUCAGUGCCAGCGGCUGCUCGACGAAAGUAAUCAUCAUCUACUCGCAGCUUUGGCGCCUGAUUAAGGCCAGGGAAUUACUGGACAAGCUGGAUGUGCAUUGCUCCAGUCUCGAGGAACGCGAGAAGAUUCAUCGCAUUGUCGCGCGGUGUAAUCACGUAGUUCUCAUAUUCACCAUUGUCUACUGCGGCUAUGUGCUCUGCACCUAUCUCAGUUUCGUACUCAGUGGUCGUCCCCCCUAUCAGCUAUAUAAUCCAUUCUUGGACUGGCAUGAUGGCACACGCAAUUUGUGGAUUGUCUCGACGUUUGAGUUGAUGGUAGUGAUGGGCACUGCGGUACAGAAUAUGUUGUCGGACAGCUAUACAUUGGUAUAUGGACUCAUCCUGCGAACUCAUCUAGAACUACUCAACGGACGUAUUAGUAAGCUGCGCACCAACCCAGAAAUGACCGAGGACGAGAACUACGAGGAACUGGUGAAUUGCGUCUUGGAUCACAAGCUGAUAUUGGAAUACUGCGCUCUUAUUCGACCUGUCAUAUCGGGCACAAUUUUCAUACAGUUUCUGCUCAUUGGCUGUGAACUUGGACUAACCUAUAUCAAUUUGUUCUUCUUCUCUGAUCUUUGGACGGGCUUCUCCUCCGUCGUAUAUAUUGUCGCUAUUCUGCUGGAGACGUUCCCCUUCUGCUACAUCUGCAACCUGAUUAUCGAUGACUGCGAGGCCCUUGCACAUGCCAUCUUUCAGAGCAAUUGGAUAGGUUCCAGUCCCCGAUAUCAGUCCACUCUAUUUUACUUUCUACACAAUGUGCAGCAGCCCAUCGUUUUCAUCGCCGGCGGUAUCUUUCCGAUAUCCAUGAGCAGCAACAUAAGCGUAGCCAAGUUUGCGUUUUCGGUUAUUACCAUCGUUCAGCAAAUGAAUAUUGCGGAUAAAUUCAAAGAUGAUUGAUUGAAUAUAAUGUUUAUCAAUGUAUAAAUUAUACAAAGCAAACCUUUUGUGAU